AGAGACCCAUUUUUUUCUUUAGAUUUUGUAGAGCCCAAACAACGGACUUAAGGCACAAGCCCAAGACAUAAGGCCGUUUUUGCGGGAAGCUGAUAUCUGCUGUCUUCUACGAACCUGAUCGGCAAUCAGUCGGCCUUCUCGGCGGCGCACCGGCACGGCCACCGAGCACAAUGCCGUCAAUGUCUGAAAUCACUUCUCUGUUCACAACGCUAGCAUCGAAUCUUCAAACCCUAGACCUAAACUCCAGGACUGUCGAUGAUAAAGACGUCACCCUCGCCAUUUCCAACCUAAAUCGAACUCUGAACUUGAGCGAAACUCAACCUAGGUUGAGGGUUUUGGACACCGCUCUAUCUCUCAUGUGCUUCAAGGCUCCUGAGGUCUCCGGGAAAUUUUCUCAAUUUCAUCAUUUUACUUGUGUUUCGCGUUCUUGUUUUCCUAAAUUUCCUAAAAAAAAAAUGGUGUUUUUGUUUCGAUGUAGGUUUUCCAAUCGGUGCUUGAGCACACGGUGAAGACGAUUCUGGCAGUUCUUUCGUCUUCUGUUGAAUGUAAGGUCUUGAGGGUCCGGGAUAAGGAAAUUUUACGCGCUGGAGGAUCAUUUUCUCCUCAGGAUUCUUUGGAAGUAAUGGAUAUGUGUGUUCAUAUAUUGGAAAGAUUGGAAGGACAUCGAGGAGAUCUUUCUCCUUCAAUAGCUCAUGCUGUUUUAAGAGUAGCUGUACUGGCAUCACACUUUCAUCAUACCAUGGUACCAUGUGCUGUUCUUGAUGGUCAUUCAUUUGAUGGAUGGAAAAGUUCUGUUCACAAGCUACUUAUCCAUGUGCCAAAAGAAGUUAGUUUUAUGAGUACAGAAAUUCCAGAAAGGUUGCUCUUCUGGUAUCUUGAUCCCACCAUCUUACGGCAUGAUCUUUCUCAAAUUCUGAAAGAGGCGAAUAAAAGAUACUUCCUCCGUCUGAGAAUUGAAUUUUAUGAAAGGAUAGAAUGGCGUUCCAUCUUGAUAUGCUUGACUCUUGCUCCUGCAAUGUUCAUUGAGGCAAGGGCCCUCUUGCAUAGUUGGUUUCUAUUGACGGGUUUGGCUAAUGUGUUGGAACUACAAGCAGCGAUGGUCUUGUUGGUGCUAGACAUAAUCUUGAGGCCGAUGUGGUGGGGUUUAUCAAUGGAGACAAGUUCAAAGUUGCCUUUUUCUCAUGCAUAUUUCCCAUUUCAGCAAAACUUAAUUAGAAUUCUGGCUGGACCAUUGUCAUGGGAAAAUUUUCUGCCUUUAGCUGACAAAAUAACUUCUCAUGCCAGAAGCGACCAUAACAGAAUAUCUGAACCAGGCAGGGCAAAUGCUGAUUUGGUGGACCAUUAUUCUCCAUGGUCAAUUGCUAUGAAUUUUCCUCACUGGUUCUGUUUUGCCACAUUAUUGCUCUUUUACUCCCCAAACGUUGAAGGGAGUUUCCAGUUAAAAUACAACACUGGUUUAGUUGAAUCUGAUAAAUUGUACAAGGAAGAACUUCCAUAUUCUGGUUCAGCCGCAAAAUUUAUUGCAUGGAUUGUGAACCCUGCUACUGAUCCUUAUCAGGAUUUAUUUGUUGAUUAUUUGGUGGAAGUAUCAGCUUUAUGGACUUCCAAGCGAUCUGGAACAGUCAAUCUUGGUCAGGCGUCUAGGGUCUACAAGGAAGCCUGUAAUUUGAAAUCGAACAGUCUUGAGGGCAUAACCCAUGUGUUGUUUGACAGCCAUAAAAUCUGGCUCUGGCUCAAUGCAUUUCAAGACAAGUAUUUUAGAUGUUCCAGAUCUGCUAGCUGGUUCGCAUCAAGUUCAGCGCAUACGAACAAAGGAGAGGGCAGUUGGACAAGUAGGUUAGUCAGAAAGAUUCCUUUAGGCAUUUUGUUUGGGUACCUAAGUUCUAUAGAUCAAGCAGGAUGUGAAUUACUUCUGCACUAUGCUACAACUGGAACUGUCUUCCAGUUGAGAAAAACACAAGUUGCUGGAUUGAAGCCUCAAGGAAGCAGCCGUGCGUGGCAAGAAUCAUUGUGUAAAUGGAGUGAAACAUGUAGCAUAGAAGAAGCUAUAUCAGGAGCCCGGGUUGUCUUUGAUCUCACUGAUGUAAUUCAGGAAAUGUCAAUAUCUUUGUUGGAAAAUGAAGAGAGUAGCAGAGAAUUCCUUCGCAACGUGAAAUUAAAGGUUGGAAAAUUUUUGCUCAAGUGUGUGAACAGGCUUCUCCAAGUUGAUGAUGAUGAAGCUAGACAUCAUAUAUUUGGGGAUCUCCACCGUAGUUUACGCCAUUGGGGACGCCAAGGACACGAUGUCUUUCAAGAUUUCAAGGAACUGGAUGAUAUCAUUAUGAAGUUAGACGUGCGUAAGUAAAGGGAUCCUAUAAUGCGGACAGAAUUUCAUCUGUCAAAAGAAGUAUGAGCCUAACUAUGUCGAUUGCUUGCUAAAUGUACAAAUUUUGGUCUUGACAUUAUCCUCUUUUUUGGACUCGCUCUAGAUAUGUGGCCUCUAUGCACUGAUUAGUCCCUAAAAUUUCAUUACCCUUUUUGAAAUGAACUUUGUAUAUGUAUUGGUAUAUAAGCCAUGUGCAUCUCUCUAUAUGUAUGGGUAUGAGGCAUUUGCAUAUAAUUUACUGAAUGUAGUAAUUUACUGAACGAGUUGCAGUUAGAGCAUAUGUUCUAAUCUCUUAGAUAUCAGUAUUUCUUUUUGCGUAGGACAAUAAUCAUUAGUUCUUCAGUUCUUCUGUUUGCACCAAUCAACUCUUUUGGAUGGGAUCUUCAAUUCUUCCUAGUAACUAGUAAUCAAACAUAAGGAAAAGGGCAAAGUACCUUGGCAUUUAGGGUAAAGGUAAGAGUUGUAUUUUCUUCCAAAAUCCCCUUGGAUAUAUCUGCAGGAUGGUAAGGAAAUAAUUUGAUCAGCAGUGUAUAUAUGAAGUAAGUUAAUCUGUAUUUGUCAUAUCACUCUAAGUCGUUUGUUUCCAACGUUAGUAAUGUUUUUCUCCAUUGAGAUUUUCUCAGAGAGUUUGUUUUCUAAUAAUUAUUAUCAGUUUUGCUAAUAUGAGUACCGAUACAAAAAAUAGCCUCAAGAGCAAAUUAUGAGUGUUCUUCAAAAAAAAAUUUGGAAGAAUACUAAUAAUCUGCUUUGAAGGCGAAUAUUUGCUAUGGCAAUAUCAGCAGCCUUUUUAUUUAUUCAUUAUAUUUCCUUUAUUCCUUCCUCGUUUGAAUGAAUGUAUGUCAGCCUCGACAUCUUUUGUCAAAUGCUCUUUUCGUUCGAAUAUGAAGAGGGCGACAGAGACUUCCUUCUCAUCCUGAAAUUGAAGGAAGGAAAAUAUUUGCUCAAGUGCGGCGAUUGGCUUCUCCAACUUGAUUGAUGGUGAAGUUAAGACAUCUAAUGUUUGGGGAUCUUUUCAGUAGUUAAGUUCAUUGGGAGGCACUGAGGACAAGAUGUCUUUCAGAUUACAAAGGAACUGGAAGAUAUCAUUAUGAAGUAGAAGACGCGCAUAAGUAGGAGAUUGUGUAAGGCAGACGCAGUUUCAUCUGUCAACAGAAGAAUGAGCCUAUGUAGAUUACUUGUACAGAUAUCAUAUAUCCAAAUUAAAUGCGC